CAUGCCCAGUGUCCGGCUGGGACUGCUGCUGGUCUGGUCUAUUUUACUGAUAUUAUCACUCGAGCAUUGGUUUUGUUGGGUUCGGGUGUUGGGGGACGAUCGUAUCUGAAUCGGGAUUUGACUCCGAUCUCGUUGAGCCUAAAGCCUCCUAAAGCCUCCUAAAGCCUAAAGACAUGGCCGUCGUUUGAAUCUUCCAAAAUGCUGGAAAGCUUCUUCGCAGCGAGGUCAAGUCAGUGCAGCGUUACUGAAGCCGUUCCUCCCAUCACCCUUCUUUCCGGCCCUCGCUCCUGUGGGAAGACUUCUAUUUUGUUUCAAUUCGCAAUCAACCGUGCCCGGGAGAGUCGUGGUAAUGUGGUUUUCAUCUGCAACAAGAGGAGGCUGGAGUACAAGCCACCCUUUUUGUCUCAGGACGGUGAUCCAUCUGCUGAUGUCCUUGAAAGAAUAGAAAUGAAGUACAUUGAAGACUAUAAUGGAAUGAUGAAGUAUUUUGCAGCUUUUCACCUGCACAAGACCUUUCCUGCUGCAAUUGUCAUUGAUGAUUUUGAAGAUCAUUUUAUUGAUAGGACCUGUAAACAGAGAUAUGGCAAUGCAAGGGGUCGGGAUCUAGCCAUGGCCCGAUGUCUUGCUUUAUGCCGAGAUGCAAUACUACAUGCAAACCAAAAACUGGAAGACCAAGCUUCGUGUAAACUUCUAUUGGCUGAUACGCACCAAGGAGACAACCCAAGGCUGCUAUUUAUCUAUAAGAGAUGGGUGCAUUGCAUCUUGACAAUUCAUGGUGAUGUCAAUGGUUUCUUCAUUUUGAAGAAUAGCAACGUUUCAAGCAACGCCCUGGAAACAAGAAGGGCCAGAUACUCCAUUGCACUCCAAUCUCUCUUGCUGGAAGCGAUACUUGAAAGUUCUGCUAAAAGUGACGAGCAAAGCCUGCCAGUUGUGCGUUAGUGUUCACCGUUGGCCCUCAUUUUCCAAAAAACCAAUGCUGUCACCUGGCAAUGCAACACCAAAGACAUGCGCCUCAAAUUACCAUGCAAGGCUCUUUUGUUCCUUUCUCGUCUUGUUCAAAAUUUUGGCGAGGAUGUCCCAUGCCAAUCGAGCUCAUCUAACUAAUUCUUUAGCUGUUUCGUUUUCUUUGAUUAGUGAGUUGCGUAGCCAAUGUAGCACUUUCAGUGAUGUUGAUUAGAAACUCUGAGAAACCCUUGGCCUGCAAAUUUGCAUCGGUAAGCUAGACAUCCUCUGUGGAAUACCCGAAUCCAAUGUCAUUGGAAUGUGGAAUAUUUUGGAUGAAUCAGAACGCCUUUUAAUACUUUUCGCCGUGAUUAA